AUGGCGUUUCGGCAUGGCUGGUACGUGGUCUGGCAAUUGUUUUUGUCUAAAUUCAAAUUCCUGAGAGAAUUGAUAGGUGAUACGGGGUCCCAACAGGGAGACAACGAGCCUUCAGAGACUGAAGCUGAACAGGAGACUCCACCCUCACCCCAGAGAGGUAGACAGAAAUCUGCUCGACAGCGAAGGGCACCUACAGAAGACACAACUUAA